GAAAUGUAAACAUCGUGUUUGCGUUACGCCUCUUAUUUUCGUAUUUACUCGCAAACUAUUACGAGCUAACGUAAGUUGACACUUCCACACACCAACCUUGUGACAGGGUUGUAUAAGAUUAUCUUUCAGAUAGUCUGCAGGAUAUGACAAGAAUUAAAGUGAUCAGAAAAGUAUUCAUUAUUAUUCAACAGUGUAUCUAACUUUAAAGAAGUUUCAGCAUAAUGCACCAUGGAUAACUUGGACCUUCCUCUUUUAUCAAACCUGAAAGAUAUACAUAUUUUCCACUAUGUGUUAGACUUAAAAUGUGACUUGACUUCUAAAACAUUCAAUUGUUCAGUGUUAGUGCUCUGUAAAUCUAUGCAGUGCAUCAAAAAUUGUGCAAUUAGAAAUCAGCCUGUUAUAGCGGACCAUAUUUAUAGCAAAUAUUUGACAUCUUGCACACAUGAUAUUGAAAUAAAUGAGAAUGGAACAAAAAAAUCAUCUGAAGAAAAAGUGAAAUAUUGUGACAAAAUAUGGCAAAAGUCAGUGUGUGAUACUGAUGAUUUUGUGAUGAUUCUUGAUUCACAUGCCAUUGACGUUGUAUCAGUAAAUGAAGUACAGUUUGCAUAUGUGAAUAAAAUGCAAGUGAAUCAAAUUGAAAAUGCUGAACUUUUUACUGGAUAUAAUUGUAACAAUGUGUCAAACAUUCCUUCAAUUGACAGCAUUUGCCUGCAAAAACGAUGGAAGGAUGCAGAAAAAAUGCCGAUGGAAUAUUUCCUAGAUGACUGGUGCUUAAAAAUUUGGAAAAGUGGUGUUACAUGUGGUUGUUGCUUUCCCAACUGUUUUGAGAUAAACUUCAAAACCAAACCUGAAGGGGAGUCUUUAAAAUGGACAAUGGAUCAGGACGGAAAUCCCUGUGUGUUCACCCAUGGCCACUGGAUUAACAACAGGUCCCUGUUUCCGAGCCAAGACAUCCCAGAAGCCUUAGCCACGUGGAGUGCCCAUGUAGCCCCAGGGGAUAACGACCUGGUUGUCCUAAUGACGGGUGAUAAUGACCCUGUCAUAACAGGACAAGAAGUUGAUGGCAUUGAAACCCUGACCUAUCACUUUUCAAGUGACAUGGCAAUGCCGAGCUCAACAUUAGCGCUCGCAAUUGGCAAGUGGACGUUGGUGGAUACCUUAAGUCAUACUGACCAAAUGGCUUCAGUUACUGAAACUCAGCCUGAAUCUAAGGGAAACACAAUGAAAUGCCGUUUGUUCACUCCGAGGCGUCACAAAGAGGCGGUGCUGACGUUGAUAAGUCCUUACUUUCCCCGAUGUUUAACUGCGGCCGAAAGGUUACUAGGGCCCUACCCAUUCAAACGACUCGAUAUUCUGAUCGUUCCGGAAAAUUUCCAAAGUCUGGGAAUGGCAAGCCCGAGUCUAAUGUUUCUCUCACAGUCCGUGCUUGCUCCAGAUGGCGAAAUGUUACUGCGUGUCGCUCACGAGCUCAGUCAUUCUUGGUUCGGCCUUCUGAUUGGUCCACGUGACUGGCACGAGGAGUGGCUUAGCGAGGGGUUCUGCACAUAUACGGAAGCCGUUAUACAUAAUGGCGCUUUAGGGAAAUCAGAAAAACAGUUCCAACAUGAAAGGCAGAUCAUUGACUACCUGAAGUUCAGGACUCUUUUGGCAGAAAUAAACAAUACGUCUGACGAUUUACAACAUCUACGAGUGAAGCCUUCAGAAGAAAACGUUAUUAAAAAUGGGAUGAACCCAGACAAAGGAUUUUUGCAGCUGCACUAUAUAAAGGGUUACUUUUUGUUGAAAUUCUUGGAAGAAAAAUCUUCCUCGACGCGUUUUUGCGAGUUUCUUUCAACAAUCGUCAGUCGCUUUCAUCACAACCUGAUAACGUCCAAGGACAUCCUGGUGUUAUAUUUUGAACUUUUCCCUGAACUAAGAGAUCACGCUUUUAACGAAGACACAGUGUCCGCAGAGUGGCUUGAUACACGUGAACUUCCGACGCAUUUAUUCAAGACUGCUACAGACAUUAAUGAAAACCCGUUUGUGAUUCCGGUAUUUAAGUUGAUGGAGCGGAUCACGAAUUACAAUAGCCAGUAUGCACGACUUCACUGGCAAAAACGGCGCAAACUGACCAUUGAUUUGCAUGAAAUUACAAUGUUUCAGAAUGUCCAAACUUUAGUGAUGUUGGAACAUAUGCUUACACACGGAAAACUUCAUGCUGAUGUAAUAGAACUCGUUUUUUCUCAAAUUAACUAUGAGCGUGCUAACCCCGAGGUUACACACAGAAUGUGCGAGCUGAUAAUAAAAUAUAAAGAAUCGUGUCUGUACGGAAUGAUACACGAAUUUCUUAUUGACCAUCAGGCAAUGGGCGUGUAUUUAUUUGGUGAGUUGAUCAUAAGUCUAGACAAACAACAGCGUAAGAUAGCUGAAAAUGCCUUCGCAGCGAUUCGGGACGGUAUGGAUAAGGGUGUGAAAAGAGUGGUCGAUGCCAUGAUUUAUGGAGUUGUUUGAUUUCACGAUAUAUUUGGUGAAAUAGGAAUAUUAGGGAUAUUUGACCAUUCUCUUACUGAUGCACAAUUAUGAAUCGACUGCUCCGAUAAUUUGAACGAUUGUGUGAUAUGUAAUCAUGACACGAGAUGAAUCAGAAUUUACGCUAUAACAGGAACGACGGUUAAAUCGAAUAUUUGACGUGCUGAAAGAUUGUGCACACAGUCGUGUUGUUGCUUUUGUGAAGAUUAUGUGACGGAAAGUCAAUCAGUUUAAUUCACUGGGAAUCAACGCUGAACGGCUAUGAAAAUGAAAUAUAGCAAGAGUAUAUUUAAGGAAACAGUUUGCUUGCUAAACAUGUAUCCAGUCGGGAUUAUUGGAUGUCCCAUUCGUGCUUAAUGCUGUGCUAAAGUGAAUUUGGAAUGCUAACUUUAUACAUGUUGACUCCAGAUGCUGGUGCACGUAUCAAAGCGCCUAUUGUAUUCAUGUAUUAUGUCCUUGCGAAAUAUUGAUUGUUAUGAAAUGAAAUGUAAAACAGAAUUGAUGUUCUAACAAGUGUAAUAUACCUCAUAUUGAUA